AUGAUUUCUUCGACACUAUCCGUUCUUAUAUUAGUACUGAUAUUUUCAGUAAAUGACAUUCAAGCUUAUCGAAAGAGAAGUUCAGAUGCUAUGUGCAGUUCAACAGAAAUACAGGUUGAUUGCGCUCCACUUCUAAGAUGUCAACCGACUUGUGAAAAUCCACAAGGAAUGCCAUGUCCGCGUAUUUGCAGUCGAUAUCCAUGUGUGUGCAAAGAAGGUUUGUUGCGUGAUGGAAACAAUAGCUUGAUUUGUAUCGAUGCAUCGAGAUGUCCUCUUCUAACAAAAGCUGCUCCUGAAUGUGGUGAAAACGAAGAACCAAAUGAAUGUGUUAAUCCAUGUCAACCAUCGUGUCAAUCGCCAAAUCGUAAACCAUGUCCGACAUUGCAAUGUUUAUCUGGUUGUGUAUGUAAAGAUGGUUAUCGACGUGCCAACAAUAACGUGACAAGUCUGUGUAUCAAAUGUGAAGAGAUUAUAAUUGAACCAUGA